CCCCCCAACCUCCAGCCCCACUCCCCUCCCGGAGCCGGGAGAGAACCCAGGCGUCCGGGCGCCUAGUCCCUGCAAGCCACUGGCCCCGCGGCAUGUACCACCCGUCGGAGCUGUUCCCGCAGUUCGGGGGGGCCUACGCGCUGCGCCCCGCUCCCCAGGGGGGGCUGGCGGCCGGCUUCCCCCAGGGGCAGGGGGCCCAGUACGAAGGUUUCCGCUACCCAGAUCUGGACAGCGUCUCAGCCCCCAAGUUCGAGCCCUUCUGCCCCGCAUUGGACCGGGCUGGGCGGCUCCUGGGCCCCUCCCCCUCGGGGCCCCCGCUGCCCGCCCCACCCCUGCCCUAUGGGGGCGGGCAGCAGCUGCCCCCGGCCGAGCCCCUCCGGCUGCCCCCCAGCGUGCGGAUGAGCCUGGAGAACCGGGAGCUGUGGAAGCGGUUCUGCGCCCUGGGCACCGAGAUGAUCAUCACCAAGUCGGGGCGGCGGAUGUUCCCCCAGCUGAAGGUCUCGGUGACGGGGCUGGACCCCGAGGCGAAGUAUCUGCUGCUGGUGGACAUGGUGCCGGCCGGGGCCUCACGCUACAAGUGGCAGGGCCAGCGCUGGGAGGCCAGUGGCAAGGCCGAGCUGCCCCCCCCCGACCGGGUCUACAUCCACCCCGACUCCCCGGCCUCGGGCGCCCACUGGAUGCGCCAGCCCGUGUCCUUCCACCGCCUCAAGCUGACCAACAACACGCUGGACCCCCACGGCCACCUGAUCCUGCACUCCAUGCACCGCUACCAGCCCCGCGUGCACGUGGUGGGAGCAGGAGGGCCGGGGGGACGUGGGGGGGGCUGCGCCUCCUUCUCCUUCCCUGAGACGGCCUUCCUCACCGUCACCGCCUACCAGAGCCCCAAGAUCACCCAGAUGAAGAUUGAGAGUAACCCCUUUGCCAAAGGCUUCCGGGAGAACGGCAUGAACAGCAAGAGGGAGCGAGAUGCCCGGAUCAAGAGGAAGAUGAGGGGCGAUGUGGCCGAACCUACCAGGAAUGAGGCUGACUGCAAGCGAGGCCCCUGCGACUCCACCCAGGGCCCCCCCCCAGAGCCACCAGCCCCCCCUGACUGUUCCUUCCACCCCAUCUCUUCCUCCUACCCUCCCGGUGGGAGCGAGGAGCUGGGGUGCCCCUUAGGGGGGGUGAACCCCAGUGCCGAGGCGUACGUCCAGCAUCCAGCCGCCUUCCAUGGCCUGCAGCCUCCCCAGGGGCCCACCGGCUAUGCCAGCUCACCCUGUGCGGCUCCAGAAGCAGCUGCUGCCCCGAAGCCCAUGGGAGACCCCAGCUGCCCCCCUGCCAAGCCACCCCCUGACCAAUCAAACUGCAGAACCACCAGCGGCCCCGCCCUCACCUACCCCUCCUAUGGGCUGGACGUCAGCUGCCUGCUGGGGGCAGGGCUGGACGGCCCCCCCCCACCUGACCUUCGCUUUCCCCCCUUCCUGCCCUACCCGCCCCCCCACCUCUAUGCCCCGCCCGGCCCCCCUGCUGGCUACCUCGAGGGGGGCAGCAAGGGCCUCGUCUGAGGGCUGGGCUCCCCCCCAGCCAUGGGGCUUCCCCCUCACCCGGGGAGCCCCCCCAACUGAAACUGACUUAUUUAUAACAAGGGGGGCCCAGACUCUGCCCUGCAGCUACUGGAUGGGGUGAAAUAUCCACCCCUCAACCUGCCCCACAGCCCUCGCCCUCUCGUCGUCUGCUUCCCCCAACCCCUCUCCCUGCCCCAUGCCCAGCAACCCUGCUAUCGCUGGUAUCUGCUCCCCCCUGCUCUCCUACAGCCUCGGUCCCCUGCCCCCAGUGGCUGAUUGGGGGGGGGGGAGAAUGAGCAAACAUGGGGGAAUUUCCUACCCUUUUAAAAACCAAUAGAAACCACGUCACCCAAUCAAUAAAGCUGGGAAGGCAGC